AUGAUAAAAAUUUUGUUAUUUCAGGCAUUAUUACAAACGUAUGAUGUAAUAGCUCAAGACGUUUAUGGCCCUGAAUCUAUUCGUGUCACUCCACCACCACUGUCAUCAUUUUUAAAUGGUGAUGAAGAUGAUCAUAUGGAAUCAGAUACAGAUCAACCACAAGUGACACGUGUAUGUUUGGUACAAUUUCAAAAGAAUACAGAUGAACCAAUAAUCUAUGUUCGUGCAAUGUUUGAUAAUAGUCCUGAAAAUGAUGAUUUAAUACCAUGUAGUCAAGCUGGUAUACAUUUUCAUGUUAGAGAUAUAUUACAAAUUAUUAGUAAAGAUGAUCAUAAUUGGUGGCAAGCUCGUUUAUGGGGUUCGGAUUGUCAAGCACCAGCGGGUUUAAUUCCUAGUCCUGAACUUCAAGAAUGGCGUAUGGCAAAUAAGGCAGCUGAAUUAUCACGUGAAAUGGGUAUUACACAUUGUGGUGCAUGGUUUAAACGUCGUAAACGUCAUUUUAAAGAUAAAUACAAAAAUAAACAUUCAGCUAUUUAUGAUCAAUUAGAUUUAGUUACAUACGAAGAAGUUGUCAGAUUACCACAAUUUCGUCGUAGAACAUUAGUAUUACUUGGUGCACAUGGUGUUGGACGACGUCAUAUUAAAAAUUGUUUAAUUCAAUCAUCACCGGAUAAAUUUGCAUAUCCUAUUCCUCAUACAACUCGUACACCACGUAAAGAUGAAGUGAAUGGAAAGAACUAUUACUUUAUUUCACAUGAUGAAAUGAUACGUGAUAUUGCUAAUAAUGAAUACUUAGAAUAUGGUUCACAUGAAGGAGCAAUGUAUGGUACAAAAUUGGAUACAAUAAGACAAAUACAUGCAACUAGUUUAAUUGCUAUAUUGGAUGUUGAACCACAAGCAUUGAAAAUAUUACGUACUGCCGAAUUUGCUCCAUGUAUUGUAUUUAUUGCAGCUCCAACUCUCACUAAUAUCACUAAUGGACAGAAUAACAAUAAUGGUAACAAUAAUAAUGAUGAAAGUCUUGAAAGAUUAACACGUGAUAGUGCAUUAUUAGAACAACAUUAUAGUCAUUUUUUCGACUUAAAAAUUAUUAACAAUGAUAUUGAAGAAACAAUUAUUCAACUUAAACGUGCAAUCGAUGACUUUCAAAUCACUCCACAAUGGAUACCAGUUACAUGGGUCUAUUAA